AUGACGUAAUUCAUAAAUAAAAUACUUUUAUUUUGUAACAUAAUAAGGAAAGAUAUAAUUAAUUUAAUUAAAAAAGCAAUUUAUAAAAUGGAAAAUACAAUGUAAAAUUAAAGAAAGGUUUAAUAACAAAGUAAAUCAUAAAAAGAAAAAAAGCGAGAUUAGUAGCAAGACAAAAGCACAACAAUUAAAUUUGAAAACCUCUAAGAAUAUAUUAUCAACUCUGGAAAAAGAUAUGAAAAUGAAGAAUUUAAGCAAAAUAUUUAAGAAAAUAUGAUGUUUGGUCAAGAUGACUAGAACCACUUACAGGAAGAAACUUUAAAAUAUUUAAUGUAUGCAAAAAUAUAAGAAGAUAGACAGAAAAAAAAGGAUUGCAAUAAGAAAUAUGUUAUUGAGUAAAAAGUUAUACUUUCUAAAAAAAUUGGAAAAAAGCUAGAAGCCAAUCAAGAAGUAAAAAAACAAUAAAAAUAAUAAAUUACUGAGAAAUAGAGGUUUUUUGAAAAGAGAAAAGAAUAAUUUCAAAAAAAUGAAAGUCUAUUAUCAAAAUUAGAAGAUUCUUUUUAGAAUAAUAAAAGUAACUUUAAUACUCUCUGGGAAAAUUCUGAAAAUAAUUUAAAGGCUCAAGUAGAUAUGAUAUCUGAAAACAUUUUGAAGCCAAUUUAAGUAAACUUGAGUUAAAAAGAAAUUAGUAUUACCUUGUGUAACUAAAAUCAGCUUAUCAUCGGGCGUUCAGGUACUGGUAAAACAACAACAGCAGUUGUAAAGCUAACUUCUAUGCAAAUGGGCUAUGACAAGGCAUAGUAAAGUAAUAAAAAUUCAUAAAAAUCAGAAGAGCUCAGAAUUUGCUUUACAACAAUAUCUAAUUUCCUAACUCUAGAUGUAGAAAAUUUUUUUCUAAGGAUAAUGAACAAAUCUAAGCUCAUAAGCUUCUCAAAACCAAAUACGCUUUCUCAAAUUAAGAAAUGGCCUCAUUUUACAAACUUAAAAGAACUAAUUCUAUAAAUAGAUGGAAAUUUAGCAGUACCAUUUAUAUAGAGAGACGAUAUUGGAAAAAUAAUUUAAGCAUAAAAUAUGGAGAUUAAUUUAGAAAAUCGUUUAAUUGUAAAAUUGAAAGAUGAGAUAGAUAAUAAUUUAUAUUCAGAAAUUGGUGUUAGAUAGUUUGUUGAUGAGUUUUGGUAAUCAAAUAAAAAAAGUUUUGAUUAAGGAAAAGUAGAUCCUUAUGUAGCUUUUUCAUAAAUCAACUCAUAUAUAACUGGAAAUUAGGCAAGCCAUUAAAAUGAGGACAACAUGAUAUCUGAAGAGAAGUACUUAAACUUAGUAGGAAAAAGCAAAACCGAUUUAGAAUAAGAAUAAAAAAUGAUCAUAUAUCAGAUCUGCAAAGAAUAUUAAUAAUGGAAGUAUUCAAAAAAAUAUUUCGAUUUUAAUGAUGUGAUAAAUUACAUUAUCAAAAAUAUUAUUGGAGGUAAUUAUGAUUCAGUAAACGGAUAUUUCCAUUAUUUGUUUGUUGAUGAAGUUCAAGAUCUCAACUGCGCCAGCUUGUAUUUGCUCUGUUUAUUGACUGAAUAAAACGUUUAUCUUGGCGGCGAUACAGCAUAAACUAUUAGUUAAGAAAAUUGUUUUAAAUUUGCAGAUUUAAAGGCCAUAUUUUCUGAGAAUAAUAAGGAUGAUCAUUAUUAAGCAAACUAAGUUUUAACUUCAGAAUUAAAUGAAACUUAAUUAAUACAAAAUUUUAGAUCACAUGGAUAGAUAAUAGAGUUAAACAAUGCGAUUGUGGAGCUUUUGAGGAUAUUUUUCCCUACAUCUUUGGAUAUUCUUAACCCCGAAAUUUCAUUUAAUAAGGGCCCAAAGCCAAUUUUACUAAAUAAAAGAGAGCAUCUAUAUAAUUUUUUAUCAUAAGAUUCUGAUAUAAAUGAAAAUGUUGAUUAUUUUGGUAGACUAUAAGUUUAUAUAGUGAAGAACUAAGAAGAAAAAGCUAGUUUAAAGUAAUUAUUGCAAAAAGAAGGUAAAAAAGGAUAGAUAUUCACUGUGCUUGAAUCGAAGGGAUUAGAAUUUUAGGAUGUAAUAGCUUAUAAACUAUUAUCUUCUUCCUUCUACUUUUGCAAAUGUUGGAAUGUCUUAAAUUUACUGAAAAUAAGUGAAGAAGAAAUACCUAUUGAAGAUUUUAAAUUGAAAUAUCAUUGCUAAAUGUAAGAGGAAUUUGAAGGUUCAACUUUUAGUAGAACUAAAGGAUCUAAUUUUGUCAAGAUGAAAAUUAUUUCUAAAUAAGAAAAUACUGAAGCCUAAAUCAAGAAAAAAUAUGCCUAAGAUUUUAGCAAACUAAUAAAUGAGCUAAAAAAUAUCUAUGUCACAUUUAGUAGAGCAAGAUCCAGAAUAUUUAUAUAUGAAGAAAAUAUUUUUGUUGGAAAGUAAAUCAAAAAUCCUAUAAUUAAAUUCUUAGAAGAUCUAAGCGUUAUAAAAGUAGAAGAAUUAAAUGAACAAUUAAUAGAAAAAAUUAUGAAAGACCAUUUAGAUUACAUAAAAAAACAUGAGCCAAUAAAAAACAAUAAAUAAUAAUUUAUUUCUAUGGCUGAGAUGCUUAUAGAAAGAAAACAAUUCUUAGAUGCUGCUUAUUAUUAUGAUACAGUAGGAGACGAAUUAAAUAAAAGAAUCUGUAUUGGAAAGAAUAAAAUUUUUGAAGUUUAAAAAAAAAUUGAAGACAAAAAGGAUUAAUUUGAAAAGGAAAAAAAACUAAUGCUUCAAGGAUAAGCAGAUAUCAAAAACUCAGUGUUUUAUCAAAGCAUAAAAAAUGAUCUUCUUGAAGCUAUUGAAAAUUUAAAGGGGUUAUAAGAAUUCGAACUAAAAGCUUAAGUUUAUUUUAAACUUGGAAUGUAUAAUGAAGCGCUUUAAAAUUAUAAAGAGUUUAAAAUUUUGUUGUUGGAGUCUUCUAAUUAGAAUUAAGAUCAUAGCAAAAUUAAAGAAGUUGAUGAUAACAUUAAGCACAUUUAUUUCCUAAAGGCAGAUCUUCUAGAAGCUUACAUUAAUAAUUAAAAUGCUUUAGAAUAGAAUUAUAAAGAACUAGAGAAUUUUUUAGAAAAAGAUGGUAUUUAAGAUACUAAAGUUCAACUCUAUUUAUCAUUUAGACUAAAUGAUUACGAAAAGCUAUUUAAUAACUUAAUUAAAUUCAAAGAAAAUAAUCUUAUAGAAAAGGAAGACCUAAUUCACAUAUUGCACUAUUAUUACCCUAAAAUAUUAGAUAUUAAGCUGCUGUAGAUUAUGCAAAUAGAUACAGACGGAAAAUAAAAAAAGGAUAUAUAUAACUCUAAAACAAUUUUAGGAAAAGUAUUAAUUAAAUUAAUUCAGUAAUUAAUUAUUCCUUUUAAAGAAGAGUUUGUUAGAAUAGCUAAAAGCAGAUAAAACAUGGAAUUCUUUUAGGAAUAAUUGAAGCUUUUUAAUUAGUUGUCUUAAACUGAAUAACUCAUAAAUUUAGAUAAAGAUAAGUUUUACAUCAAUGGUGAGAAUCUUAUGUUAUUCUACAUAAUGCUAAUUUAAUUCGAUUGCUUAGAGUAAUAGAAGAAAUUUAAUGACAUAUUGUAGUAAUAAGAACUUUCACAUUAAAUUUUUGUUGAUUAAAUUCUUCAAAAUAAGGAUUAAUAAAAAAUAAUAUAAAAUAAAUUCGAUGAAAUGAAAUAAUUAACCUGGCUUUUAUCUGGAAAAUAAAAAGAAAUUAGUAUAUCUUACUAAUAUUAUUAUGCAUAUCUAGGUUUGUAUGACGAAUUAAAAAAUAGAAAUCUAGUUACCUGCUCCUCAAACUUUCAUUAAUAUUAAAACUUUACGUUCUAACUAAUUUAACUAAGAAGGUAGGAUUAGUAUAAAAAAUUCAAUAACUUAUAUGAUUAAAUUUUCUAUGUUUAGUCAGAAAUUUCUAAAGGAUAGUUGUUUAAGAAGAAAAAUAAAUAACAUACUAUUAAUAUGACUAACUAUAAAAAUGUUAAUAGAGUUUUAUAAAAUCCAGAAUUAAAUAAGAUUCUAAAAAAUAUUUUCAAAGAUAUAUUUGAUUUGAUUAAAAAAAAAAAUAUAAUUUCAAACAAUCCAAUAGAAAAGUUUAUUAAAUGUUAAGAUUUAUUCUUAAGUUUCUUUUUUUGCCUUAAAAAGUUGAAAAAUUCAAAAAUGUAACUAUUAGAAAAUGAUUUUAUCAUAGAAUUCACAAAUCUGAUUAGAUUUUUCUUUAACUUUAAUUAUUUAUUAUUUGAAAGUUCUUUAUUUGGUGAACUUAAUGGCAUAUUUUAGGACGCAUUCUGCUCAUGCUUUGGGUUUAUUAGUCCCUAUUUACCUGGAUAAGUAAUAUCCAAUGAAGAUUUUAAACAUUUAUGGUAGCUCAUAGGAUAUAAUGAUUAUUAUUUAGUAAAUGAAGAUAAUCCUUAUUUAGAUGAAUCAAUAGUUGAAAAAGAUAGACUUAUUUCACCAAUUAUAUCACCAAUAUUCUCUAAAUUAAAAAUUAUAGAAAAAAAAACUGCUGUUAUGCUGUCUAAAAAAUACUUUGGUUAAUAUUGCACUGAAUUCUUGAAAAGAUACUCUGAUUUCUUAAUGAAGUAAACAUAUGAAAAAUAUUAUUAGUAGCUUAAUCCUAAGAACAAAAUCAAAUAUCCAUUCUAAAUACUUUAUUUAAAUGAUUGUUUACAAUAAUUUAUAGAAAAAAUUAAUCAACAAAUUAGUAUUCUUGAAUAAAAUAUUCCAAAAAAACAUGCUAGAGAGCAUGAAAUACAAUCUAUUAAAAACUUAAUAGAUUAAAUUGAAAAAAGUAAUUAAAUAAACCAAAAUGAAUAAAAACUGUUAAACUUAAAAAGAUUAUUUAACAAUAAAAUAGAGAGUUAAUAUAGAGAUAACUAAAAAAAUAAAAUGAUUUUAAAAAAGAUAAGAUUGUUAGAGGAUUCUCAAAUAUAUUAAUGCAAAAAUAAUAUCAUUUAAUAAGGUUUAGUAAUUAACAGCUUUUUAUAUAACAAAAACUUUUAAGUGAAAAGAGAUGAAAUUUAACAAUAUUUAUUAAAUGAGGCAUCAAAUACCCUUGCUUCUAUCUUAAAUAAAAUUGAAAAAUAAGAUAAUUAAAAUGAAAUAGAUUAAUUAUUCGAAAAUUUGAAAAAGUAAAUAGCGGAUUAGAAUUAAAAAUAUAAAGAGUAGUUUGAUAAAUAAUUUUUAAUUGAAAAAAAAGAGAAUAUCAAAGAAAAAUAAGAUGAUAAAGACAUUUAAUCUAAAAAUUUGGAAAAUAAUUUUGAUGAUAAAGAAAUUAAAUUGUAGUAACAAUAAAGUAAAGAAGAAGGAGAGUAUUAAGGUUUAAAUGAAACAUAGGAAGAAAUUUAAAAUGAAUCAGAAAGUAUUCUCAAAUCAUGCGAUGAUAUAUUAUAUGCAAUCACUAUACUUAAUAUGUGUAAUUAGAGAUCAGUUUUAAGAGAUCUUUUCAAGGGUUAUGAAAAUAAUUAGUUAAGCUAAUUUACUUAAAUGUGCUUAUAAUUUUUUCAAUCAAGAAAUGUCUAUGAUAGAAUUAAUAUUGGAUUAUUAUCUAAUUAAUUACUCUUAAUGUUUAAAUAAAAUAUUAAUACCUUAACUUAAAUUAAUAUUUUUAAGAUUGGACUAGCUGAAGUAUAUUUGUUAUUAAAUAUAACUGAAAUUCCAGGUAAAAUAAAUGUUUCUAUCCCCUAUGGAUUCGAAAACUGUUUUAGUUAUCAUAGUUAAACUCAAGAAUAAUUUAAAAAUUAACAAGAAAAACAUGAUAAAAAUAAAAAUAUAAUUUAUAUAAAAGUGAAAACUUAUAGCACUGAUAUUGAUUAUAAAUUGUUAUUAAAAAAUAACGAUUAGUAACCAUUUGAAAAUUCGGAAUAAUAUUCACAGCAUUCUAAUUAAGCUUACAAAGAAGAAAAUUAAUUAAAAAAACAACAUUCAUAUUUCCUUUUUAGCUAGAAAUUCCAUAAAACAUUUUUAUAUCUAGCUGAGCAAGCUGCUAAUCCUUAAACUAAAAAUGAUUAAAAUAAUAAAAAGCCAUAUGACUUAAUUGGCUUCAUUAAUUCAAUUAGAUAUAGUGAAAUAUAAUUCAUUUUGAUUAUCUUUGAAAAUUAUUAAAGUAUCUAAUGUGAGUUGUAAAUAGAAAUAUUAGAAAAAUAAGAGGAAGUAAUAAGCAGUAAUCUAAUAGAUGAAGAAAAUGAAAUAAGAUCACACAUUAUUAGAAUUAGAAAUGAUUUAAACUCAAGCAAUAACGAGGAUUUAACAGAAUAGGAUUACAUAAAUAUAUUUUAUAAACAAGAUUUUGUUAUUUUUAUAAGCCAAGAGCUAAGUUUAAAUAAAUUCAGCUCAAGCGAAAAAUAUAUCUACAUUAUUUAAAAAUUGAAUAAUUUAAUGAUAAAAGAGCAGGAAUUUUAUAGGUAAAUGAUUUUAGCUGAGGAAAAAAUAGACAAAAGUUAAGAAUUUAAGAAUUAUGUAUAGAAACUUUCAAUAGACUACAUUAAUUAAAUGGAAAAAGUAUAUUCUAAUUAUUUGGAUUACAUAACAGAACCAUUUGAAAAAAUAGAAAAAGAAAGAUUGGAUAUACACAAAUUUAUAUAAGAAUAAAUCAAUUCUAUUUAUUGA